AGCGAGAAAAACUCUCCACUUUUCAUUGUUCGUCCGCUACGCAGCUCACCCUCCCCUUUCGCAAUUCGAUAGACCUUCUCCUGCCUCCUGCGCUCGCAUCUUUUUAUUAUUAUUAUCCAUUUUCUACCCCCUACUCUUCACCGAUCCACAUCAUGUCUUACAUCAAGAAAGCCCUCGCCCUCGUGCUGCUGACGGCCUUUGCGCUGUCGUUCGCGAAGGCGGACCUCGUCGAGCUGAACCCCGAGAACUUCAAGCCCAUCGUCCACAACCCAAACAAGAACGUGUUUGUCAUGUUCUACGCCCCGUGGUGCGGGCACUGCAACCACAUGAAGCCGGAGUGGCAGAGUCUGGCGGAUAAGUACAGCGUGGACACCGACGAUACGGUGAUUGCCCGCGUCGAUGCCAGCGCGCACAUGGACGUGGCGAAGGACAACAACGUGGACGGCUUCCCGACGCUGAAGCUGUUCACCAAGACGAACAAGGCGGGGCUGCCGUACACCGGCCCGCGCGAGGUGGACGCCUUUGAGGCGUUCCUCAAGCAAAACGUCGAGUAA